AGCAAACCAUCUGUCUGUCUAUUAUAUUGAGUUUGAAACCAGAACAUAAAACGAAAGGACAAUUUUUAUGGGUAAGUUAAAUUCAUAAAUAUAUUUACAUCUCAAAUAUCUAGAGCAUUUAAUUUUGUAGUAGGCUUAUGCUUACUACAUAUGGAACCGUCAGGCAUAAAUAGUAUCCCCCACUCACGUAAUGGUUUGGUCUGCUUUUAAACUUCAGAGCGCCGAUGUUUAACUGUAGCAGACAGACGCAUCCCUGCUAUAUUCAUGUGCUACACAGUUGCAUUUGAUCGUCUGCAUAUAAUUUAAAACUUCACACUGAUUUACAAACGUUGUCUGGAGACUCAACACAAUUGCUGGUGAGUUUGGUUCUCUCUUUAAUAAUUGAAUAAGCUAACCAAAAUGCAGUCUGACAUUUUUUUCAUACCCCGUUUUGUUGAUGGUGAAUAUGUAUUACCAGUAUCGACAUACCAAAUAAUAUUAUGAGACCAUGAUUACUUUAUUUUCAUGGUCCAGUCAUGCAGAAUGCAAACCCAAUAGAAGAGGUGGGAGGCGACACACCCUGUGAUGUGCCCUGUCUCCAGAAAAUUGAAUCCCCAACAGGUAACAGGCACUCCUCAUGAUCAGCUAUUGGUAUGGAUUCAUAUGUUGAAUUAUGUGAUUUUGUGGUUUUGUUGGUAUUUGGUGUGUAAUAAGGGUAUUUCACUUCUCUCUCUCUCUCUCCUCUCUCUGCAUGUGUCUGUCUGUCUGUGUGUGUGUGUGUGUGUGUGUGUGUGUCUGUCUGUCUUUAUUUUCCAGGGAGCCCUCCCAAACAAGCCUCUCUCGCAGAUAUGAUGGAGUUGGAGAAUUGUGUUUCCAAUCUCAGCCUUGCACAUGAGAUCGUGAUCAACAGAGACUUCAGCUUCAGACAGAACAGCCCACCCAAAGACAGGCAAGACUAGUUAUGAAACACACACACACCAUUUCUGUGUAAUGAUGGUCAAUAAUCACUGUAUGAUCAUAUUAUCAGUCACUUUGAAGUCACUGCUUUUUAAUCAUGAUUUAUUUUUAGCUUGGAAGGGAGAGUGACUGACAUAGUUCACAGUGCUUUCUGGGACUGUCUUCAUGAGCAGCUUUCAUGUAGCCCUCCAGACUAUAUCCAUGCAGUCAUUCUGCUACAAGAGGUGAAAACUGUGAGUAUGGUCAUGUACCUUUACUAGCUCACUCCUUCCCUCAGUUUCUCAGCAUAGUAUAGCAAACAAAGAAAGGCUAAGUGACCCACUGUGUGGUUGUCCCCUGUGUGGUCAGACCGUGUUGUCCCUGCUCCUUCCUGGCCAUGUGCGUCUGAAGGCCCAGGUGGAGGAGGUUCUGGACCUGGAGCUGAUCCAGCAGCAGGCAGAUCACGGGGCCCUGGACCUUCAAAGACUGUCAGGCUACAUCAUCAAUACCAUGGCCUCCCUGUGUGCCCCUGUACGGGACCCAGAGAUCAAGACACUACGGGAUCUCUCGGAACCAGUGGAGCUCCUAAGGUGAGGGACAGGCUCAAUUAACUCAUUUUAUGAUAAAAAUGUAAUUAUGUAGCAUAAUAUCAGAUAUGAAAAUGUAACCAAAUUACCUUGGGAAAGACAACAUCUCAGAAUAGUUCAACUCUGGGAAGCUCCUUCCCAGACGAUUCCCCUACUCAUUCAUAGUUACUUUGGGUAUGGUCCACACAUGUCCAGUAAUGAACCAAGGCCUACUUGUGGUUUAAUGCUAAGACAUAUUUUCCUUUCCUGACUAACAGGGAGAUCUUCAGAGUCCUUGGCCUGAUGAAGACAGACAUGGUCAACUUCACCGUACAGAGCCUCAGACCUAAUCUUCUUCAGCAGGCUGUCCAAUACGAGCGAGCCAAGUUCCAGGAGAUCCUAGAGAAGCAGCCUGGUGAGUGAGACAAUGUUCUAAGAGAAAAUCUACACUUAAAAGCAUUUCAGUCCUGACAAAUCUGACAUGCUCCUAACAUCCAGAAGGAAGAACCUGUGCUUCUACAUCUGCAUUGCUUGCUUUUUGGGGUUUUAGGCUGGGUUUCUGUAUAAGCACUUUGUGACAUCUGCUGAUAUAAAAAGCUUUAUACAUUUAUUUGAUUGAUUGAUUGAACUCGGUUGGAAGGAUAAUCACUUUAAUCGCAUUCACACUUUCCAUCAAAUAAAUGUCAGGAACUUCAAAACUGAUAUUGUUUGUCUAAUGAUGGUUUCCAUAUGUUUCUGUUGUUUAUUCUAUAAUUGUAUAAACUGCUUUUCUAACCAUCCUUUUCAAGAGUUCCUGGACAAUACCACCAUUUGGCUUCAAGUGGCAGCACGAGAGGAGGCAUCGGUCAGUGCCCAGUCUGACCUUGACCCUGGAACUCCCAGGCCACGUGGUCCAGUAAGUCCUACUGCUGUCCUGAACAGGGCUUACCUGCGACUGCUGAGCUGGGACCCCCAUGACCAGAACUACCCUGAGGUAAUCAAACAACGAGGACCCUGAUUGGUUCUGUCUUCCCAGUGGCAUAACAAGGAUGUAGACAGUUCAUGUAGUUUAGUGGAGAAUAUAAUCCAGGAAGAAGGUGGUUGAAGACAUUUUCAGCAAGGAAAUGACAUCAGGGAAUUAUCAGUGAAUGGAUGAAUCACCUAUUGCUCCAACAAAUUAAUAGAUUGAGAUUACAUAAUAAUAAUUCCCUGUGGUUUCACCCCCACGUAUCUACUGGAAAAUAUUUUAUAGUCCAAAUUUCUCCUCUCCCUCCACAGACAGUUCUGAUGGACAGAGCCCGCUUGGACGCACUGGGGAAGAGGCUGAUCCUGCUGGUUCUUGAGGCAUCAGUUCUGCUGUUGACCAGCACACAAUGUGGGGGCGCUGUUUUCUCUCUGCAGGGGUUUGUAGUUAAACUCAAGCAGACCAUCACUGCCCUGCUGGAGGGCAGUCACAGCAGGUAAGAGAUGGGGGGGGGGUUUACUGGCUGUCUCGGGGCACAGGUAAUGUAUAACAGAAGAAGUAUGGAAGUUGACAAAAGAGCCCAGCUGCCACACUUCAAAUGUCUGCAACAAACCCCGGCUUCUGCAGGCUCAGUUAAUAAACAUUUAAAAUACAAAUGUUUAUACAUGAUUUCAUAAAGCUAUUCAUGCUGUACUCUCUAAAGUACAAUCAAAUGUAUUAUUGACAGUUCAAUAAAUCAUCCUGCAGUUGUUCUGAAUGGAUGUUUGACACCAGUCUCUCUGGUGCGUUCAGGGACUUUGACCUGCAGGGGGCGUUGCUGGGGCUGGGGGAGCAGGUGCUGGUGCAGGUGAAGGAGGCUCUGAUCACCCAGGAAGGACCAGCGCUGCCUCAGGACAGUGAAGACGUGCUUAAGGGACAGAUCUCAGACCUGGCCAAGGACAACAACCCCAUCCACACUCUCAUAGGUCAGUCACCACCGGUGAGGGGCAACCCAAAUCUGACCACCCAAGUUCAAGUACAGCAGUUCUUAAGACACUGCUUCAGCAUUCCAGAGUAACUAGUUGCAUGAGUACCAUGUUAAUCCUGAGAUAUGUGGAGGUCAAUUUAACCAUUACUGAUGCAAUUAUGAUUUUCAUACAGUUGUACAGUUUAGCAAGCUAUGUUCUGUGUCUGCGAAGGUUCUUGUAUGUCAGAUGGGCAAUGCAGCAGGCUGAUUUCUCUCUCUUUGCAUCUCACACAUAUUGUAGGAGAAAGAGUGCAGGGUUACCUCCAGGCCAUGCUGGAGGGAGGCCCCACUAAAAGGAGUCCGUCCAUGCCCCCUGCCCUGAGGCUGCUGAGUGCUGAGGUGGCAGAGCUGGGAAUGGCCUUUGGGCGAAUGGUCCAUUUCAACCGCUCAGUCUUCGGCCCCUUCUACGCCCCCAUCCUCAGGAAGUUGCUGUUCCCAUUGGGAGAGGCCGAGAUGGGGGAGGACUCCCGCUAGUCCCCUCAACACCUCAGGUCACCUGCAUAAGCUGCCAUUCAACAUUUACACAAUGUAGAGUGUAUAUACUGUAUAUUUAGACUUUAGAAUAUAAAAACGUUAGCAACAUUUGUUAAACCAAAAACACAUGACAGGCCAUGAGAUAAGUGGAAUAUUCUUCCAUACAAUCAUACUGGAAUUUAUUUUCCUCAGGACACAUUCGUUGUGGCAACCCUUGUGAUAAUCAUUUUACUAAUAUCUAGAGUUUGCAUGUAUGUCAGCUGUAAUUGAUUGUAUGUGCAUUAGCUGGAGAUUAUGUGUAGGUACAGUAGGAUUGAGAUUCUUGAAUGGUAUGUACUGUAUAACUUAAAGCACUUACCAAAUAUAUGUAUGCACUUUAGAACAAUUUAAAAUACUGUACAUCUAUAUUUUAAUCUUUUGGAACUGUACAUUACAUAAUUUGUGAAAUAUGUUGGGGGAUUAUUGAGUGAAAUUUUUUAUGCAUUCUGACCAACUGAACAAAAAUAUAAAUGCAA